UAAGAUCGAACUGAAGGAUUUACCCAAAAAAACAAGGGAAAACAAACAGAAGAACGGGAGGAAGAGGAAAACAGGGGAGUUGAUCAGUUGGGAUGAAGCUUUCACGCGUUUCAGCUAUUUUGACGCGUGAAAGGUCUCAACUUUGGGCUUUACUAUAAAAGAAAAGGGCUCUGCAAUCGUUUUUCUCCUCUUUAUUCGCUUCUCCUUCAUUCUUCUCGUAUUUCACAGAGAGGAAUAAGCAGAGGCCAUGGGAGGAACAGAGCAGGAGAAAAUGGUGAUAGUGGUGAGAGAAUACGAGGAGGAGAAAGAUAGGGAAGGGGCCGAGCUGGUCGACCGGAUAUGCGAGGUGGGUCCCAGUGGCGCCGUCUCCCUCUUCACUGACCUUCUCGGCGAUCCAGUCUGCCGUGUUCGCCAUUUUCCUGCGUUCCUCAUGCUGGUUGCGGAGACAACAUCGCCGGAAAGAGAAAUUGUCGGCUUAAUCAGAGGCUGCGUUAAAUCCGUCACCUGCGGAGAUAAAGGCCCCCGCCGCGGCGGCGGAGGGGCCGUUCCUAUCUAUACUAAAGCCGCCUAUAUCCUCGGACUUCGCGUCUCCCCAUCUCACCGACGACUCGGGAUUGGUCUGAAGCUCGUCCAACGCAUGGAAGAAUGGUUCGUCUCCAAAGGAGCCGAGUACUCCUACAUGGCAACCGACAACGAUAACAAGGCCUCCCUGCGCUUAUUCACCGAUCGCCUCCACUACUCCAAGUUCAGAACCCCGAGCAUCCUCGUCCACCCCGUCUUCGCCGGCCACCGCCUUCCACUCCCCCGCACCGUUACGCUCGUCCGCCUUUCCCCCUCAGACGCCGAAUCCCUCUACCGCCGCCGCUUCUCCACAAUCGAAUUCUUCCCCCGAGACAUUGACGCCAUUCUCCACAACCCACUCUCCCUCGGCACCUUCCUAGCUCUCCCUUCCGGCGCCGCUUUCUCCGGCAUCGAAAGCUUCCUCGCCGACCCGCCGACAUCCUGGGCCGUGCUCAGCGUAUGGGACAGCAAAUCACUCUUCCGCCUCGAAAUUCGAGGCGCUUCUCUUCUCCUUCGCGGCCUAGCGUGGACUUCUCGCGCGGUUGACCGCGCUCUUCCGUGGUUAAAAAUCCCAUCUUUUCCGAAUCUUUUUCGUCCUUUCGGAGGGUACUUCCUGUACGGUCUCGGUGGGGAGGGUCCGACCGCGAAGGAGCUGUUGCGUGCCCUUUGUCUUCACGCUCAUAACAUGGCGCGCGCCGGCGGCUGCAGCGUGGUGGCGACGGAGGUCGCCGCUUGCGAGCCCUUAAUCGAUGGAAUCCCGCACUGGAAGAGGCUAUCGUGCGCUGAAGACUUGUGGUGUAUUAAGCGUUUGGCGGAAGAUUACAGUGACGGCGCCGUCGGCGAUUGGUCCAGGUCGCCGCCGGGGAGUUCGAUGUUCGUUGACCCACGUGAAGUUUGACUCCGUUUCUAUGUUCGGUACUUGUAAAAAUUGCAUGACGUGGCGUUUUGGGGCGUGGAUUCUCUAUUUUGGGGUACGAAAGUGGGGUCGGGUUUGCGGUGCGCCGUUUUUGAAAGGGGAAGUGUAACGGUUAUGUAGAUAGCGAUGUGGUGCGAUGGAAGAUGAUGAGAAUCCCGUGGCUGGUGUGGUGGAGAUGAAGUAGAGGGGCAUAUUUGACAUUUCGCAAGACUUUACUAUAUCUAUCUUGAAUGAUAUUC